AAGUAGCUGUUCAAGCUAGCUGCGGCGCAGCCAUUGCCGAUGCCAAAAGGGUAUGGGAUUGACACGUUGCCACACUUGUCAGGGCACCCCGGCAACGCUAUGGAGAUCCCAGAAGUGGUUGCAGAUAGCGCCGCCACUUUGAAGGCGAUGAGAAUCAGGAGGAUGAAUGCUUCUUUCAUGGUUGGAAACUUGGUGGUUACUUCCUGCGGCGCUGUCUUUCUAACUUGCCAACUUAGGCAACGGUAUCCCAUUUUCCUUCGUUGCUAUCUGAUUGUGUACCCUAGGCUUGAUAGACCAUGGAUCCUCAGACUGGUGCUUAUGUAUGAGCUACUAUUUACAGUUGAUUUGUAUAAUUGUUGAUUAACUAUUUCAUGGGUGACAGCGGCGCACACUUAGGUGUGUUUGAGAAAAAUAAACUAUUUCGUGGGUGAGAUCAGCGUUGAAUGGGAUACUUCUACCUGAAUUUUGUAUUGUUUAAGUGUUCAAAGUUGGAAAACGCAGUGCUUAUUAAGAAACAGAAAUAUAGUUUGUUUAGUCCUUUGUAUUGACAAGUGUCUGAGAGUGAAAGAAAGUGAUACCAGAGUUGCUUAUAUUUUGGAUAAAUCUUGUCACCCAUUUGUAUUGUUUAGUAUUGAGAGUUGAAAAUCACAAUGCAUAUAAUAUUUUUGAUUAGUUCGCUCCCACGUUUCUAUUGAAGGUUUCUCUGAAAUUGAGUAAAGGAUGAUGGUUUAUAUGUUGUUCUGAUUAGUUCACUUAUAAUUUAGAAAAGUCUUCACCGGUUUAUAGGUUAUUCAUAUGCCAGUCAAAGUAUAGCUCGUAGUUUAAUGUCCCACAUGUGAAUGCAUGUCAUAUCUGUUUGGUCAGAUAGCGUAGUUUGGAACUUAUACAUAACAAACUAGAUGGAAGCACUAGUCGAUCAGCUUGAAAAGUCAAGAUAAGCUUAGCCAGCAAUAGUUUGAAGUGCAUAACUAGGCUGAAAUCUGAAAAUAUUUUGACUGUUCAACCGUUUAUCUCCGUUCACAGCUUUCACAGGCAUUAGGUUUUUUGCUGUUGUGGCAGGGAGAAACGAUGAUCCUUGCGCAGAUGCGCCAAAGUGAUACCCUGGAGGUUGCAUGCUGAAGCCCCCCUGGCCUGAAAAAAAUGGACUGUUUACACGCAUGCUGACGAGUGUGAGCCUAGCUUCAGUCCGGUUGGGACUUGGAAGCCGAAUAUGCAUGCAAGCAUCAGAACUGGUCCCAGACUAUCCUAUCUAGCUCCAAACAGGCCGAGUCUGAUUGCGUAGUAUGCUAAGGCGCAAUUUAUCUCAUAAAAGGAGAAGCAUGGGCCUCAGCACACUCAACACAAUCGCCAAAUUAAGCAAGUGAUGGCGUGAGCCAUGCAUCUAACCUUGCAGCAGCAAACACCAACUCUGGUUGUAAUGCUCUACCUGAAACUAAUUGUAGUCUUCCUGGCGAUGGCAUUGGCUAAACCUGCAGGUGGUGCCAUAUCCCUGGCGCUCCCUGGCUGCCCUGACAGGUGUGGUGAUGUGCCCAUCCCUUACCCCUUUGGCAUUGGCGCACAGUGUGCCGCGGUCAGCCUCAGCAGCUUCUUCAAUCUUGACUGCAAAAACACCUCCCACCCGCUGCAGCCGACGGUUGGGGGGCCAGCCGAUGUGGCCGUCAACGUUGCUGAUAUUUCGCUGGAGCGCGGCGAGAUGAGGGUGCUCAUCCCUGUCAGCUACAUCUGCUUCACAUCAAGUGCAACCGUAUCGGCGAGCAAUAACAACACCGUGGGGUUCGGCCUGGAGGACACGCCGUUCCUCCCAUCCCCUGGGCGCAACCGCUUUACGGUUAUUGGCUGCAAUACCCUGGGUCUUGUUGGUGGUUUCCGCGGAGGCACGAGCCAGUACCUCGCUGGCUGCUACUCCUACUGCGAUGGUGCCAGUGGUGCAUCAGACGACGGAGCACCAUGCACUGGGACGGGCUGCUGUGAGGCAUCCAUCCCGACCAACCUCACCGCCUUCAAUGUGGCGUUUCCGAUUAACAGUAGCAGUGUGUGGGGAUUCAAUCCAUGCUUCUAUGCCAUGGUCGCUGAGGUCGGAUGGUACAGGUUCCAGCGUCGUGACCUCGCUGGCGAGCUUGGGUUCAUCAACAACAGGGCAAAGGACGGUGCACCUGUCAUCGUGAACUGGGCGGUUAGGAACGGAUCAUGCCUGGAGCAAAGAAACUAUGCAUGUGUCAGUGCAAACAGUUACUGCGAGAGUGCGAGCAAUGGACCUGGGUACUUGUGCCAUUGUUCCCCUGGUUACGAGGGUAACGCCUACCUGAACAACGGUUGUCAAGAUAUAGAUGAAUGCAUGCUGCGUGAGCAGGACCCCAAAUACGAAGAGUUGUAUCCUUGCAGGAACGGAGUCUGUCUUAACACUCCAGGAGGCUAUGAUUGUAAAUGCAAGAAAAGAACCAAGUCUGAUGGUACAAAGUUCGGAUGCCGACCUCUGUAUUCUCGAGAUGAACAGCUGUUGAUAGGCUUGAGCGUUUCUGCCGUUGUGAUAAUAUCCUUGGCAUGCUUUUUGGCUAUGCAAUUACAAAGGAAAAAGCACAGGAAGGAGAAAGACGAGUAUUUCAAGCAAAAUGGAGGGCUCAUGUUAUAUGAUGAGAUGAGGUCAAGGCAGGUCGAUACUGUCCGCAUACUCACUCAAAAGGAGAUCAAGAUAGCCACUGACAACUACAACGAAGACCGAGUUCUUGGAUGUGGCGGCCAUGGAAUGGUCUACAAGGGUACUUUGGAUGACCUCAGAGAGGUUGCUAUAAAGAAGUCCAAAGUGAUCAAUGAUGAUUGCAGGGACGAGUUUGUAAAUGAGAUCAUAAUCUUGUCGCAGAUCAACCACCGGAACAUCGUGAGGUUAUUAGGCUGUUGCCUGGAUAUAGAUGUCCCAGUGUUGGUAUAUGAGUUCGUCUCCAAUGGGACACUAUAUGAGUUUCUUCAUGGUGGGCCUGAUCACAAUCUGUCACCAAUUCCACUUGAUCUCCGCCUGAAGAUCGCCACACAAUCAGCAGAAGCUCUUGCUUACCUGCACUCAUCGACAUCCCGCACAAUUUUGCACGGGGAUGUCAAAUCCGCCAACAUUCUGCUCGACGAUCAGCGCCACGCCAAGGUUGCAGACUUUGGAGCAUCGGCGCUCAAGUCCAUGGACGAAAGCGAGUUCAUCAUGCUCGUCCAGGGAACCCUCGGCUACCUCGACCCUGAGAGCUUCAUCAGCCAUGUCCUCACCGACAAGAGUGAUGUGUACAGCUUUGGUGUCGUUCUCCUCGAGCUGUUGACGAGGAAGAGGGCUCUGUAUGCCGAUAGGUCCUCCAAGGAGAAGAGAUCCUUGUCCCAUAGUUUCCUCCUGAUGUUCGACCAGAACAUGCACCUGAAGAUGCUCGACUCUGAGAUCGCAGAGGAUGCCGCCGCUAUGGUGGUCGUUGAGAAGCUCGCGGCCCUCGCCGUGCACUGCCUGAGCGUGAGAGGAGGCGACAGGCCGACGAUGAAGGAAGUCGCGGAGCGGCUGCAGGUGCUGUGGAGGAUCCAGAUGCGCCAGGCCGGUGAUGGUGACAAGGAUGAUGACUUCGGUGGAGGAUCCCUGUCGCCGGUGGUUCUUCCUUCGGCCGAGGUGACAGAUGGGAGCUUGGAGACGUGAGAACUGGCGCUGGGCGUUUAUGUUCUUGUAUCGUUCGUACUUUGUACGAACAGUUUGUGUGUUUGUGGGAUUUGUAUGGUGUGUUUAUGUGAUACUCCCUCAGUAAAUAAAUAUAAGAGCGUUUAGAUCACUAUUUAUCUAAACGCUC